AUGCCCCGACUGCGCCGGGUGGGGACCCAGGGACGGCCGCCGCCCUUAGAAUCCGCGUUCGGGGCCGGCGGGCGCAGCGCCGCGGAGAGCCCGCGCCCCGGGGCCGCCCAGAGGCUCGCCGCGCCGCCGCCGCCGGGUCCCCAUCCGCCCGCCCCGAUCCCCCCGGCUGUGGGCGCUGAGCCGAGCGGCGCGGGCGGCCGGGGCUCCCGGGCUCUGCCGCCUCCUCCAGGCGCCCCCUGCGCACCCGCGGCUUCCCCUGGGGAGGGCGCGGCGGCCACUUGUUGCGGGUGCCCCGAGCGAGCGAAAGACUCGCGGCCCGGCGCGGCUCGCCCAAGGGCCGGACUUUUGGGCAGCGCGCCUUUUCGGGGCUCCGGCUCCCCGCCCCAGCCCGGGCGCAGGCCCUGCGCGCCGCCCGCGAACUGCUGCGGGGGGCGACGGAAGGCGCGCUCUUGGCUCAAUUUGACUAUUGUUCUUUUCCCGGCUGGGUCCCUAAUGAGUAAGAUGAGCUUCCGGGUGUCGCUUGAAAUCCCUUGGGUCUGCCUGCAAAUACGGCCUGUGUUAGGUGCGGUGGCAUUCCGAAUCAACGCGCGCGGCAACCUGAUUCUGUCCGACAGCUCCAGGAAGGAAGACCCUUUCCAGGGCCCGAAACUGGGCUUUUGUCUAACACUCAGAAAUGAAUCGUCCAAGGAGACACGUGUGCUGAUGAAGCAAGAGAUUUUAUUGGGAAAGGGCACCUGGGUGGAGAGCAGUAGGGUGAGGGAACCCAGGAGAACAACUCUGUCAUGUGGCUAGCAGUCUCUGGUUUUAUGGUGAUGAGAUUAGUUUCCGGGUUGUCUUUAGCCAAUCACUCUGACUCAGAGUCCUUCCUGGUGGUGCAAGCCUCAUUUGGCCAAGAU